AACUAAUCAUGGCGGCAACUGAAAACAAGCGGGCCUUGCCUCCAAAGGUCGCAGCAAUGAAGGCCAGAAAGCGCCAAAAGUUGGAAGACCCAAAGACUGGAAAGAAGGCAACCACAACCAAAUCUUCCAAAGCGGCGGCGCCACCAAAAUCGGAAAAAGUGCGUCUGGACGACCUGGCCUGGAACAAUGUCGAAAUGCCGGAUAGAUUGGAUGAUUUUGAGGGUUUCUACGGUCUUGAGGAGAUUGAUGAUGUAGAUGUUGUCAAGGACGACAAUGGCAUUAUUUCUUAUAGGGCCAUCAGCGACAAGGCUACCAAGAAGAGACCUGCUCCGGAGGAAUCAGAAGAUGAUGGUGAGGAGUUUACUGGUUUUGGUGAUGAUGAUCAGGAGGAAGACGAUAAGCAAGAAGGUGGUGCUAUGAUCAUCGAAACCGUCACGCCCAGAUCUGCUCCCGAACUUGAGGAAGGAGAGNNACCUGGGAGGACAGAAAGCAGAAGCAAAAGAGUUGCAGAAGCAGCAACUCAAGGAAAAGAAGCAAAAGGAGAAGAAAGAGAAGAAGGAAAAGAAGCCAAAGGCAGAGAAGAAGCAAAAGAGACUGCUUCCCAAGCUGAAAUCGGAUCCUCAACAUUUGCCAACCUUAUGGACGAGGAAGAGGACGAAGGCGUUGACAUUAGCGCAUGGCGCCCUUUGAACCUUUCGGACGAUACUCUGGGAGCUCUCUCGAAGAUGAAGUUUCACCAACCAUCAGCAAUCCAAAAAGCAGCUAUUCCUGAGGUCCUGGCAGGACACGAUGUCAUCGGAAAGGCCAGUACCGGAUCUGGAAAGACAUUGGCGUUUGGUAUCCCCAUUCUGGAGCGUUACCUCGAGAUGCAGAAGGUUGCUGGAAACAACAAGAAGAAGGCCAACAGCGAAGAAGAGGCUAUGCGCAAGCCUGCUCUGGCCCUGAUCCUCUCACCCACUCGUGAACUCGCUCAUCAAAUCUCCGCUCAUCUUACAACCCUUUGCUCUGGCCUGGACAAGGCACCUUGGAUCGCAACUCUUACUGGCGGUUUGUCCAUGGCAAAGCAGCAAAGACAACUCAAGAAUGCAGAUAUCAUCAUCGGUACUCCUGGACGUCUGUGGGAAAUCAUCAGUGGCGGUCACGGUGUUCUCAAAUGGCUCAAGCAGAUUCAGUUCCUUGUUAUUGACGAAGCCGACAGACUGCUCAGUCAGGGUCACUUCAAGGAGCUCGAAGAGAUCAUCAACGUCCUCGACCGCAAAGACGACUUCAAGGCCGAGGAGCACGAGGAUGAGGAUGAGGCGCCGGAGGAAAUCGAGGAAGUUGAGAGACAAACGCUCGUUUUCUCUGCUACCUUCCACAAGGGCUUGCAGCACAAGCUUGCAGGUAAGGCCAAGCCUGGUGCUGGCCUGAUGGACAAGAAGGAGAGUAUGGAGUAUCUGCUCAANAAGCUCAACUUCCGCGAGGAGAAACCCAAGUUCGUCGACGUGAACCCAAUCAGUCAGAUGGCCUCUGGUUUGAAAGAAGGCAUGGAUCUCUACCUAUACGCACUUCUUCUGUUACAUCCCAACGCCAGAACGAUAGUCUUCUGCAACUCUAUCUCUGCCGUGCGUCGCCUGACACCAUUCUUGCAAAACCUGCAACUCCCUGUCCACGCAUUGCACUCCUCAAUGGCACAGAAGGCACGUCUUCGCGCCAUCGAACGCUUCACCUCCAACAACCAGAACAAGACCAACCACAAGGGCUCCAUUCUCCUCGCCACCGAUGUCGCCGCUCGCGGUCUCGAUAUCCCCAACGUCAACUUGGUAAUCCACUACCAUCUACCCCGUGCUGCCGACAACUACGUCCACAGAUCUGGUCGCACAGCACGUGCCGGCGAAACCGGCUCCAGUAUCCUAAUCUGCGGACCCGAAGAAGUGGCUGGUGUACGCAGACUAAUCGCAAAAGUGCACGCCAGCUCUGCAGCCGCAGGCGCCGAGCCCGCCAACGACGCAGCAAAAAACGGUUACUUCAUCCGCAGUCUGGACAUUGAUCGCCGCGUGGUCAGCAGACUAAAGCCCCGCGCAAACCUAUCCAAGAAACUCGCCGACACCACCAUUGCAAAAGAGAAAAAGCACAGCGAAGACGACUUNUUGCGCCAAGCGGCUGAAGAUCUGGGUGUCGACUACGACUCUGAGGAAUUUGAGAAUGCGCCUGGAAAGAGAGGUAGAGGUGCUGGGAGAAUCAAGAAAGAGAGGGAAGCGAGAGGGCUCACCAAGGCAGAGACUGGUGCGCUGAGGGCCCAGCUCAAGGAUAUGUUGAGCUCGAGAGUCAAUGUUGGUGUUAGUGAGAGGUACUUGACCUCGAGCGGUCUUGAUAUCGAUUCUUUGUUGCAGCAGCAAGAGGCUGGUGUGCAUGGAGAGUUCCUGGGCACGGUUGCAGACCUUAUGGAU